CUCGGAGAGGACCCCGAGUCCCUUCUGCGGGCUGCGUGUGUGGGAGGGGCUGAGAAGCGGAGUAAGCGUGGGGACCCGGCGCAGUAGGGGCUCCCCAGACGAGGGGCGAGGCCAGCGGCCGAGGGAGGGGUCUUCUUCAGCACCCACCCUGCGCCCCGCCCCUGCGCCCGGGCCGGCUGAAGGCUUCGGUUCUGGGUACCCAGGUGCUGGGGAACCAGAGCUGCCCCAAGGGGAAGCGGAGGAGGAUGGAGCCGCGUCCCCCCACCCUCGCCCCAGUCUGUUACCCGCCUCCCAGUGCCUCCCGGAGCUGACUCCCGACGCCCUCGCCGGCCGCGGGCGGAGCUCGAGCCGCGGCGCUCGGCGAUCCCCGGCUCCCGCCCCUUCCCCGUGCCUCCCUCCCCGGAGCCUCCCUGGCGGUCCCGGCCGCCGCCGUACGGCCCCGCGCGGCGCGAGCAGCUACCAAGGGGCCAAGGGAUGAGCUGGGGUCCGCCUUCCCAAUGGCAUCUCCCCCUGGUCUGGAGCUGAAGACACUGAGCAAUGGGCCCCAGGCCCCAAGGAGACCAGCAUCUCUGGGCCCAGCAGCCCCACCCAGGGAGGGUGUGGAGAACGCCUGCUUCUCUUCCGAGGAGCACGAGACCCAUUUCCAGAACCCUGGGGACGCCAGACCAGGCCGCUCCCCCAGCCCUCCUGGGGGCCUUGGCCCCUCACGGCCCCGAUCCCAGAGAGACCAGAGAGACGACGUGUCCCUGCAUUCAGAAGAGGGGCCAGGCCUGGAGCCUGUGAGCCGCCCGGUGGAUUAUGGCUUCGUUUCUGCUCUGGUUUUCCUGGUGAGCGGGAUCCUCCUGGUGGUGACUGCGUACGCCAUCCCCCGCGAGGCUCGCGUCAACCCGGACACGGUGUCAGCACGGGAGAUGGAACGGCUGGAGAUGUACUAUGCACGCCUGGGCUCGCAUCUGGACAAGUGCAUCAUCGCGGGCCUGGGGCUGCUCACGGUGGGCGGCAUGCUCUUGUCCGUGCUGCUGAUGGUCUCCCUGUGCAAGGGCGAGCUGUACCGCCGGCCCACCUUCGUCCCCGGCAGGGGCUCCAGGAAGACCUACGGCUCUAUCAACCUGCGCAUGAGACAGCUCCAUGGGGACGGGGGCCAGGCCCUGGUGGAGAACGAAGUCGUCCAGGUCUCAGAGACCAGCCACGCCCUCCAGGGGUCUUAAGUAAGAGCCCACCCUGUCUGGCUGCUUCAGCUUCGGGGUGACCAGGCCCCCAAGGCUGGGGUUUUGGACCAAGCUCCACCGAGGGCCCUGUGGAAGGAGUCAUGGGUGCAGGAGGGGGAGCUUGGGGCCUGGUCCAGGCUUCGCUUAGGAGAGCGGCCCCUCCGUCUGUUUUGUAGCUUGAGGUUUUGCAUAAGGUUUUGUUUGAAGGAUGGCUUCUGCUGCUAAAAAUACAAAAGUCUGGAAACCGC